AUUCGACUGGUGCCCGUGUCUUAUUGAAUUGGGACGGAGAGAGCGCAUAUUUUUUUAAAAAUUGUUGCGAUAUCGUUUUUCGCUUCUCCGGACUCGGCAUCAUCGUGGAUUUGUAAUCAAUAAGUCUAUCGGCGAUUGCAACGGCUACAACAAUACAUAAACAAGAGGAAAUUCUACAGAAACUCACCUCUCUCUCUCUCUCUCUAAAAACAUGGAAAUAUCGAACCCAAGUGAUGACCUAAACCAACCCCUUCUCCCAUCAGCAACCAAAGAAAUCCCCCAAAAAAACCCUAAGAACAGCGUGGCGGCGGCGUGGUGGGAGGAAUCGAAGAAGCUGUGGCAUGUGGUGGGGCCCACCGUGGUCUCCCGCGUGUCGAACGCCACCAUGAACAUCAUCACGCAGGCCUUCGCCGGCCACCUCGGCGACCUGGAGCUCGCCUCCAUCUCCAUCGCCAACAACGUCAUCGUCGGCUUCAACUGGGGCCUCCUGGUAACUCAAAACAAAAAAAGAAGAAAAUUAAUCUGUGUGAUUUUAAAAAUGAUUUUGUGUCCGCAGCUGGGAAUGGCGAGCGCGCUGGAGACCCUCUGCGGGCAGGCCUUCGGCGCGAAGAAAUACGGCAUGCUGGGGAUCUACAUGCAGCGGUCGUGGAUCGUCCUCUUCCUCUGCUGCUUCCUGCUCCUCCCGCUCUACGCGUUGGCGGCGCCCAUCCUGAAGCUCAUGGGGCAGCCGGAUGACGUGGCGGAGCAGGCGGGGGAGGUGGCGCUGUGGCUCAUCCCGCUGCACUUCAGCUUCGCCUUCCAGUUCCCGCUGCAGCGCUUCCUGCAGAGCCAGCUGAAGACGGCGCCGCUCAUCUGGGUGCCGCUGCUGGCUCUCGUCGUCCACGCCGUUCUCAACUGGGUGCUGGUGAGCAAGUUGGAGAUGGGAGUGGUCGGAAUCGCCGUGGUUUUGGAUAUCUCGUGGUGGCUUUUGGUUCUCGGCAUGUAUGCUUACGUGGCCUUUGGGGGCUGCCCGCUCACGUGGACGGGCUUCUCUCUUCAGGCCUUUUCUGGCCUUGUCGACUUUCUCAAGCUGUCUGCUUCCUCCGGCGUCAUGCUCUGUUUGGAGAACUGGUACUACAGAAUAUUGAUAGUGAUGACUGGAUUCUUCACCAAUGCCAAAAUAGCUGUGGAUGCAUUAUCGAUAUGUAUGAUGAUCAAUUCGUGGGAGAUGAUGUUCGCACUGGCCUUUUUUGCUGGAAUCGGAGUACGGGUGGCGAAUGAGUUGGGCGCCGGAAAUGGAAAGGCGGCGAAAUUCGCAACGAAAGUUUGUGUGGUGCAAUCGAGUGGUUUAGGAGUGUUGUUCUUCGCAAUUGUGCUGAUUUUCAGAGGCGAGUUAGCGCUAAUGUUCUCUCCCAGCGGUGAAGUGGGCGCGGCGGUGGAUGACCUGUCUUUCCUCUUGGCUUCCAGCAUUCUUCUAAAUAGUGUUCAACCGGUUCUCUCAGGGGUGGCUGUUGGAUCCGGAUGGCAAGCUUGGGUUGCGUGGAUAAAUAUAUUUUGCUAUUACAUUGUUGGCCUCCCCAUUGGAGCUGUAUUAGGUUGGGGCCUCAAUUGGGAAACUAAGGGUGUUUGGGCUGGGAUGAUUUUUGGUGGGACGGCCAUUCAAACACUCAUCUUGUGUUUUGUAACCUCACGGACAAAUUGGGAAGUUGAGGUCGAGAAGGCCACAAGCCGUGUAGGGGAGUGGUCCAUCUCCGACAAGGACAUGGAGUCUCAUAGGAAAUAGAAGAUUAGGUUAGGGCUAAUUAUGUCUUUUCACUUUUAAAUUCAGCUCUUCUUCUCCUUCGCCGUGGUAGUGAGUAGUGACCUCCGGCACAAUUGCUGGUCAAAUUGCUAAAUUUGGUAUUGAAUUUACUGAAAGACCCCUCAUGGGAGUUUGGGAAUCAAAGAAGAUACCUAUUUUGUUUCA